AUGGCAUCCGUCAUAGUAGUAGAUAACGAGUUAAAGGACUCUGUUAAGGAAUAUGGUCAAAUCAUUGACGGCAUACAGAAGAGCACCGAAUUCUCCCAAAGUAUUGCUCCAUUUUUAACCAGUGCAGAGAUUACCAACAAGGAAGAAUUAUUGACCAAAAUAAAUGCCGUUUCCACUAGUGAAACAUUCAAGAAGUUCACUGAUAAGGAAUUUGAAGCCAAUUUCUACUUGUUCAUCCACAUCGCUUCCGAAUUAUCCAGUCGCGACCAAGUCUUGGAUAAUGCUGAAUCCCCAGUGAUUAAGACGUUAUUGGAAGUUAACCCAUCCCAGCAACCUUCAUUGAGAGAUAGAAAAUCUAUAAAGUCAACCACCGUGUUGAGUAUCUUGACCAUCAUUUUCAACUUGUUACCAGAAUCAUCAAAGACCAGAAUCUACAUCAUUGACCAAAUCUUAAAUGUGGCAUCUACCUCCGGCAUCGAAUUCAACUUGAUCCAAGACAACAUUGGAUCCAACUUAAUCUCUUGGUUAAAGAAGGCCGGUGCUCAAGAAUCAGAAAUCAGAUCUGUUUUCUGGAGAUUCGUCACCUUGGACAGCAAAUUCACUAACGAAUCUUUACAAUUAAUCAAGACUUUUACUACUGAAUACCAAGUUGGUGCCGAAGAAUUGAACCAACUUGUUCACUUUGCAUUAUCGUCCAAGAUUGUUGACGUUUCCUUCUUGGUCAACAACAAUGUUGCCCAAGCUUUGAACCAACAAACCCCAGUUGCCUCCCUUUUCAAGAAGUACGUUCAUGGAGAAAUUGUUACUGCCUCGGAAGUUCCAGCUGAAUUACCAGCCGAUUUCAUCGUUUACAAAUCCAAGAUCUUGAACUUGGCCAAGUACUUUGCCGACGCUUCAUUAUCCCCAGACCAUGAUGCUAUUGUCUUCAAAUAUAGCGAAAUACCAAACAUUCAAUCAUCCACUGAAUUCGAACAAUUGUUACUUGAAGCUAUCAAGGCUGGUGUCGUUGAAGGUAAAUUGAACCAAGUUGAAGAAGUUUUCUACUUGAGCAGAGUCAACAGACUCAUUAUUGCCGGUGAAGACAACACCAAAGCCUGGGCUGCCGUCAGAGAAACUUUACAACAAUGGAAGAACUCAUUGACUAACAUCAAUGAUGUUGUCAAGGCUGCUAGAGAAAACAUUGUCAACAGUGGAAACUAA